UCUCCAUCCAAACAGAAAUGGCUAUGGGGCUGACAUCGAAAAAAGCGUCUACGCGAAGCGUCUGUGUGGAGCGCAAGAACCUGAUCACGGUCUGCAGAUUCUCUGUCAAGACGCUCCUCGAGAAAUACACAGCCGAGCCCAUCGAUGACUCGUCGGAGGAGUUCCUCAACUUCGCUGCCAUCUUGGAGCACAUCCUCAGCCACCGGUUCAGAGGGUCAGGAGGUUGGUUCAGCUCGGACGGCCAGCGCAGCUUCUGGGAGUACAUCCGGCUGGCCUGCAGCAAGGUGCAGAACAACUGCAUCGCCAGCAUCGAGAACAUCGAGAACAUCAGCACAUCGCGGGCCAAGGGCCGGGCCUGGAUACGAGUGGCCCUGAUGGAGAAGCGUCUGUCGGAGUACAUCGCCACCGCCCUCCGAGACACACGGACCACCAGGCGGUUCUACGACGACGGGGCCAUCAUGCUGCGGGAGGAGGCCACGGUCCUGACCGGGAUGCUCAUCGGGCUCAGCGCCAUCGACUUCAGUUUUUGUCUAAAGGGUGAAGUUCUGGAUGGGAAAUCUCUGGCCAUGAUUGACUAUACACCAUACCUAAAGUUCACUCAGAGCUACGACUACCUGAGCGACGAGGACGACCGCACCAGCGUGGACAGCAGCAACAGCGAGGAGAGCGUCCCCGAGCACCCCUACAUCCCCCUGGUCACCGACGAGGAGAGCUGGAGCAAUAAGUGCCGCAAGAUGGAGCAGAGGUUCAAGAUCGUCUACGCCCAGAAGGGCUACCUGGAGGAGCUGGUGCGGCUGCGGGAGUCGCAGCUGAAGAACGUGGAGACGGAGAACAAGCACCUGCGGUCCCGACUGGAGGAGCUGACGGAGCAGAGCCUGCAGGAGAAGAGGGAGCUGGAGGACGUGGUGCUGGAGCUGCAGGCGCAACUCUCUGGCCUCAUCCCCUGUGAAUCCAAUCACCUGUCCAAGGAGAUCUCCAUCCCCCAGGUGAACCAGUGGACCACCAUCAACAACAGCCAGGGAGACAUCAAGCUCUUCCGCAGGAGGAGCUUCCCCAGCCUGGAGCAGCUCUCGGUGGACGUCAGCCUCAACUCCAACUCCCAGCGGACGGACAGCAAGCAGAACGGGAAGGACUGCACCCCUUCCAUGCUGGGGCUGUGCGGAUCGCUGGCCUCCCUCCCCAGCUCCAAGUCCCUGGCCAGCCUUAAGUCCAGUGAGUGCUUGGUGAACAUCAGCGCCGACCCCAGCCCCGCGUCCUCCCCCAGCUAG